AUGAUGCUCGUGCCGGCUUCCAGUGCCGCGCGGGGGAUGGUCUCCCCGUGGACAUCCCUCAUGUGGUUCUUUGGGCCUCCGGUCUGGAGAUGGCACGUGAGGCGGCGACUUAAGGUAGUUGUGGUCAAACCAAGCCGUACUAAGAAACAAAUUGAACUCGAACUGUUGUGUGAUUCAUUGCUGAAACUAAAGAACGACCGCAAAAUAAACGUCAACCCAAACUUGAAAGAUCAAUUACGAGCUGAAGCCACCAAACAGCGAGGCUCAUCGACCUCGAAAACGUCGGAAAAGAAGAAAGCUUCACGAUCGAAGAAAGUGAAUGCCCACAUAGGAGGCGCGGUGAGUGCUGUGGGAGAAGAAACUCUGGUAACGCUGCUGGAGGCGCUGCGGGUGAACAUGAGGACACCUCCCGUAGGGUGUGUCACUCUCGACCCACUUGUGCUGGAAGACCAGGUCAUCCAGCACAGCCAUUCAGCGCUAACUACCACCAUCAACCUGGAUACAAUGACCAUAACUGGACUUUCUGAGUACACGAUUGAUGAAGUAAAGAUGAACGUAGGGGAGUUGACAGCAUUUUUGCAGCUGAGCUACAAGGAGCUGAAGCUUGGCGGGCAACAUGCGCUCAAAGCCAGGAUUGCGCGAGUUAUCCCCAUCACGAGAAGAGGCGGCUUCACGGUCACCACGGAGCAUCCUCAGGUGCGGAUCAAAGUUCGGCUGCGAGUUGUGAAAGGACGGCUGGAGGUGCGUAAUGUGUCGACGAGUUUGGAAAUUUCUGGCCUCAAGACCAAGCUGACAAACUUGCCAGCAAGCGGCAUUCUGGCCCGGAUCCUUAACGAAGUUUUGGGUGAUCUCCUGAGAGAAGAGCUGCCUAGACUCGAGGUCGAGAUAGAUGGCGCUCUAAGAUCUCUCUUGAAUACAGAGUUCAGCAACUACAACGUUGGCAUGUCGUUGCAAAUACUAAGAACGAGCGAUAAACUGAUGAGACGAGGAUCAAUAGCGAAGUUUGUAAAUUAAUAACAAGAAAGUUUGAUUGCAUAGGCAUGAAAAGAGGUGGAUAAUGAACAAAAACUGCCUGAACACGCCCAUCAAUAAAUUGUUGCUUCAGGCACAGAUCAGGAAGAACAUCAGUUAAGCUUGAGCAACAAUUUUACACCGACAAAGUUUUAACUUGUAUGCCAGAUAAUCAAUAGCAUUGUUAGAUAAAAUGCACCGAACGGUUUUAGCAGAUGAAUGAGCAAGAGACCAAGUUUGUUGGAAGUAAAGCAUUGUAUGAUGAGUGAGCAGUAUUAGCUUCAAAUAGGAGAUAUUUUUUUAAAUGUAGUUUUCCUUACUUAGAGUUUCCCCUGCCUUCAUAUGAAAAUAGGAAGUUUCAUACUCAGGUGUGAUUAGUAAUUAUGCCAAAUAUCAGUUUGUUGACGUCGGAAAACUGUACAAAGGCAAGUGAGAGAAAACUAACUAAAGCUCUCAAACGUGUGAUGUAAAGAAAGCUGACCCCGAAGUGACAAUGAGUUCACUUGAUGAGUUGAUGUCUAUAAUCAAACACGGAGUCAUAGCCUAAUUGGUGUCCCAUGCAUAACAAUAGAUGUACGUGAAUAUCUGUUUAUUAGGAUGUUAUCAAUUGUUUGUUAUAACUAACUGAAUGUCUUCGCAGUUCUCUUGAUAUAUCUGUGUUACUAGAAAGCUUAUUAGAUGUCCAAUUGGCAAAAUCAUGACUGAAUUUAAACUGAUAAAUACAGCUAUUACGUAGCAUCACUCAUGAUCUGUGGGGUGUCGCUCAUUUUACCACUUUAAAUUAAACAUCAUAAAUUAAGUUAGAAAAAAUUCGGUAGAGAUGUGCGCCGAAUCAUUUCGAAUGUUACACCUCGUCGAAGGCUCAACUGCGACAUUCGUGAGCAGCUCUAGAAGCUGGGAAUUUCUCACAAAGCCAAGUCCGUUCCAUCAAGUUAAAACGUUUUCAUCAGCUCCAUACAGCUUUGGUGUCUACGUUAGCAUUCAAUAAAAUUAGGAGAAUUUAUUCUUAAAUUUACUAGAUCAAAAUUGGGCUUGUACUUUUCGAGGCUCUUAGCAUGAUUUUGGAAAUGAAAAAAAAAUUAGACUAAUUUGCAUGACUUCAAGUUGCGGUUGAUCAGAAUGGAACAGGGAACUGGCUUUAGUGCCACUUGAAUGUUUGUUGUCCGUAGUCAUCAAUAUUACUCAUAUCUUGACAAUGAAUAUCAGUAUCGUAAUACUCUUACCGUAAUUGUGUGAUAGAGAAAGCAUUAGGUCAUUUUUACUUUUUACUAACAACAAUAUUGCUCUGUAAGACUGUAACUCAUUUUCAAAAAGGUCUAAUGUAUAUUUUAUACACAUGUAGUUGACGACUGUAAGACAUCAAUUUGCUGAUGGACUGCAACGUCCAUUAACUCUUCCGUUGAUAUCAAGGGACAAUCAUUGUAGUGAGUUAGUCAGAAAAUUCAUACAAGUUGUUUUUAUGUAAAACAUGGGAUUUCUGAUCAUCCUAUAGCACUUGUGUAGUUAUCUCAGUAAGUUUAGAUAACAAGAUAGCAAUGAAAUGUUGGCUCUAACCAAAAUGGGAUUAGAUUUCGUUAUGCAGGCACUGCAGUACGGUUUUCAACCGUAACCCACCUUCGAUAUGCUUAUGUCGUUUGAAUUAAUACGGUCACUCCCAUUAAUGAGCGCUGAACCAGUAUAAAUAUUUUUGUGUUAUGAUGUCAUUGAAGAUUAUGGUGCUAUCAUCAGUUAUUGAUUAAAUUUUAAUAAAUUAAUAAUUUAAAUGCGAAGGUAUCACUAAAAAUUUCACAGAAGUAUAGAAACGAAUAACCCAAAUUGGCUUAAGUUAUACAAUGGAAACUCAAUAGUUUUCUCGAUUACCUUUGACAGGAUCACAAUUCUCGUGUUUUUAACGACAAAGUUGCUGGAAACCUGUUAGUUGGAAAACAGCUAGAGAAAAAUGAUCGCUAUUACGAAAAAUUUAACCAUUGAUUGGUGCUCUUAGUUUGUAAUGUCGCUGUUUCAAACAUCUGUCUGGUGACCUGGAAAAAUUGAAGCUGAAGAAUAAACUUAAAAAUUUCCCGUUAUUCUUGAGGUCUUCCUUCAAAAGAACAUCUCGAAUAAUAUUUCAUUUUAUAUACUUCACAAUUAAAUGUCCUUCGACUGUAAUUUUCUGUGUCUCAAUAUUAAACAUGUAAGCAAACUAUUGAAUAAAUUUUAUCUUCAAUAA